AUGAAGUCAGCGUCAUCAAGUUCUGACUUCGCAUCGUGUAACGAUAAUGGUGCGUUGAAGAAGCCUGUAGUUGUAACUGUUAAUUCAUUGUUGAAUAGAGUGUCACAAACGUCACCACAGUUUGUGCAGAAGGAGAGGGUUACAGUUUCAGAGUCCAGUUCUGACUCCACAAGUUUACAAGGUAUUACUAGCCAGAGUAAAGGUAUAAAAUCUUUAAGGAUUCAUGAGGAUGAACCUAAGUCAUCUACGGCUGUUAUUAAAGAGGUUGAAAAUGAUGAAGUCGACCAUACAAACGGCGGUAAAUUGGAUAUUUGUGACAAUGGUCAUGAUAGUGCACAUUUGUCUGUGGCUGAUCAUGAUGAGCUGAGCGGAAGGCCAACUACUACUGAGUUGAAUAAAGGUUCUGUACAACUUGAACGUGAAGUAGAAUUAAAGGCAGAUGCGGUUGCAGAAGGUAUGAAUACUAUCGAGACCGUCAGUGUAAAUGAUCCGAGUGUAGCCCAACUAUCGACAGAUCUUAAAACUGAACUGGAGCUAAUAAUAAAAGAUGGCAGUGGUGGUUAUCUUGCAGUUAGACAACUUUCUAAAGGUCGAACAGCGACAGCUUCCGAUACACCGCUAAGUUCAUCAACUGGUGUCAGUCAGUCGUCGUUGGUGUUGUCAUAUGCAGUAAAAGAGUCGUCCAUGAACUCACGUGUCUUAUGCAGUGAUUAUGCUAGUGUCGGUCUGUUUGAAGGGACGAAAGUCAAUGGCCAGUUUAGUGACGACAAGAAAACUGUGUACAAGAGGGUUUCAAACUACUAUUUGAAUGUUAUUAUCUUUGGUGCAAAUUACUCUGUGCCUUCUCUUGGUUGUUCAGAUACAUUGUAUGUUUGUUGGUCAUCUACAUUCCACGAUAAAAUGUCAUAG